UGUGUGCGACGGACUGAACUCAACACACGUGGCUGGUGCACUGCGAGAGCUGCAGUGUUUUUCGAGCUUCUUUAGCAAGAAUAUAAUUAUUAUUUUCAUCAUGCGUCCGUUGACAGACGAAGAGACAAAAACGAUGUUUGAGAAACUCUCUAAAUACAUUGGGGAGAAUAUCAAACUUCUUAUUGAUCGGCCAGAUGGGACUUAUUGUUUCAGACUUCAUAAUGAUCGAGUAUAUUAUAUGAGUGAAAAAAUUCUGAAGUUGGCUACAAAUAUCUCCAGAGAUAAACUGGUGUCGGUUGGCACGUGUUUCGGAAAGUUCACAAAAACACAGAAGUUCCGUCUGCACAUCACAGCUCUCGAUUUCCUUGCACCAUAUGCUAAGUUUAAGGUGUGGGUGAAGCCGGGAUCAGAGCAGUCAUUCCUGUAUGGAAACCACAUCAUGAAGUCCGGCCUGGGGAGAAUCACAGAAAACACAGCGCAGUACCAAGGAGUGGUGGUGUAUUCCAUGGCUGAUGUACCGCUGGGCUUUGGAGUGGCAGCGAAGACCACGCAGGAGUGUAGGAAGGUCGACCCCAUGUCCAUAGUGGUUUUCCAUCAGGCUGAUAUUGGCGAGUACAUCAGAAGUGAAGACACACUCACAUAAGAGGAUAUAAUAUCUCCACUGCUCAUGGACAGUUCAUUACAUUCUUUUGACUGGAUGAUCUUUUACACAAGUUUGACAGACUUUCCCAACUUUAAAUUCAAAGCAGUUUUCAGUGUUUAAACAAUAUAUGUUGUAUGCGAGCGACUAUUAUCAUUGACUAUUUCUGCAUCAAAGAAAUACAAAAAAAGUCAAACUUCAAGGUUUUGCAAUAACUGUAUUUUUUGUGAUUUUAUGAAUUACUUUUAGAUUUUUUAAAAAUGAUAGAGCAGCUGGGUAGAACCAUACCAAACAGGAUACAAAACCAGAUCAAACCAGACCAAUCUUAUACAAAGUAGUUAAAAAAUAAAUGUUUAGUAACAAAGGAAAACUGAUUUGCUAAGGGUUCAGCAAAUAAUGAAAAGUGCUUUUUUUCCACAGAUGUUGGUUAUUCUUGGCAAUAAAAUAAUAUUUCAAUUUUGAACUGUUUUCAACACUGAUAAUAAUAUGAAAUAUUUCU